AUGUCAAAGUUUUUAUUUACUGACAAGGUUGUUACCCAGAACCUAUGGCGCAUAAGGAAGACCAUGGCCCAGAUGGUACACGAUCGCGGCUACCUUGUCAGUUCGAAUGAGAAAGACCAAACGCUAGAAGAGUUUUCUGCCGAGUUCGGCAGAUAUCCAGUCUCCGAGAAAAAACCCCUUCGUAGCGACCUAACAAUGAUGGUGGCCCACAUUGACGAUCCCAAGGACGUGAUACUCGUCUACUUCUCUGAUGAUAUUAAGGUCGGCAUCAAGACCAUUCGGGACUGUGUGACGCGCAUGAACACCGCAGACAUCUUUCAUGCCAUUCUGAUCAUACGCUCUCGCAUGACCCCCACCGCCAGGAUGUCGCUGCAGGAGCUGCCGCGCUAUCGCAUGGAGUACUUCACAGAGCGAGAACUCAUGUACAAUAUCACAGAGCACGAAAUGGUACCGAAGCACAUUGCCCUCACCGAAGCCGAAAAAUCGGAGCUCUUAGCGCACUACAAGGUGAAGAUGAGUCAACUGAUGCGUAUCACCACCACCGACGUGGUGGCUCGUUACUAUGGUCUGAAGAAAGGCCAGGUUGUCAAGAUAAUCCGCAGUUCGGAAACAGCGGGUCGUUAUAUUUCGUAUCGCGCAGUGGUGUAGAAGCUCCAACCGAAGAAAAUAUAAAUCCUUCAAAGAAAUUUCGUUCGAUUACUUGGCACAGUCCAAAUAAAAGAGUUCUGCCCCAUCA